GCACCGCACGCUCCACGCCCAGCCGUCACUUUUCCGCGCUUUUCCCUCGAGCAUGCUAAGCAAGUCCAUUUCCUCGACUAAUCAGUGGCGCUCCAGUCCAGACCCGCGCAAAGUGGAUGCGCCUUGCGUCAAUUGGCGACCACGCGCGGGCUGUGGGCAGGUUCUGGGACCAAUUGCUCGCAAUGAGUGGGGCCUUGGCAGAUACGUCAUUGGCAUGUCAGCUGCAAACAUCGUGAGUACAAAAAGAAGCUUGCACUCCAUGUACGAAUGCCCUUCAUCGACACUUCACUCCAAUUCCCAUACACAAACACCCUCAUCUUCAAACUCCCUCCAUCAACACAAUGGCCUCCCUUCACUACCUCCCUCCUGUCAAGCCUUCGGCCAUUGCCCUCGGCACCGCCUUCAACCACGCCGUCUCUCUGGCAGUCCUCGGCCCCAUCUUCGGUGAUGCCUACCGCCGCGCCCAGCAAGCAAACUCUAAGGAGGAGUACUUCCACUCCAAGGAGGCCGCCACCGCCGCCGCUUCAUGGGGAAGCUCCAUCCUCGGCUCCGGUAUCCAGGCCUACGGUGUUGGCGCUCUCAUCAACGCUACCGGUACCCUGACCUACAAGGGAGCUGCCUACCUUGGUUCUUUGAUCUUCUUUGCUUCUGCUGCCCCAUCGAUUGUCUCCCAAGUCGUCACUGAGAAGCGCCCCAUGGACACGAUUGCCAUUGGUGCCGUUGCCCGCGUCCUCGAGACUGUUGGCCUCAGCAUGUUCCUCACCUACUGGGGUACCCGCACCAACCCCUUCGACUAAGCGCCUCAUAACUUUACCCGUAAAAAGGGCACAAGGUGUUUAGGGAUUCUGCUACGUCUGUAGCUUGAUUGAGCAGACUGGACGCAGAUGACAUGAGUUUUCUUAGCGGAAAGAGGCGGAAAAUUAGCCUUUUCCCUAUGAUGUAAUAUAAUACCAUCAAUGAACAAUGUAAUAUCACUCU